CCGAACAGUGCACGCGCACGUCUGUCGCGUCCCGAACGCACCGCUUCACGACUCCGACGCAGCUUGCGAUGUUUGGACUUCUCUAACACAGUGCAAUUGUGAUACGAUAUCGAACUGACUUUUGAACAUUUACGAAGUUGAGUGAUAGUGAACACAGUGAAAGAUGCUCGUAGAGGAUUCGCAGAUGUCUCGAGCUUCGAUGACGAAGAAGUACGCGCACUGUCCGCUGAAGAAGCGGCCGGUGCUGGUGCGGGAGGAGCGGCCGGCGACGCCGCCCACCUCGCCGCCGCACCCCGCCCACCUCGCCACACGACUUUAUUAUGAUUAUCAUUGUGACACAGAAAAUGAUGAACCCGAAAAUCUGAGCACAAAACCAGAAGAUUUAUCGAAGACUGGCAAUUACCCAAGUAAGGCGUCGUCGCCGAUGGCGGCUGCUGCUGUGAAGGUCGAACCUAGAGAAUGGCAGCAGCAGCAGUUCGAGUACUUGGCGGCGUGUCGCGCCCGCCUAGAACCUGCUCCUGCAGAGCUCGCCCGCCCCACACCGCAGUAUGCCUACUUGCCCACACUCUACGCGCCGUACCCCAUGGAAGAACUGUACCCCGCGGCUCCGGCACUCUCACCGCCAGCGCACGCCCAGCUGUACUCCAGAUACUCCCCUGCCUCCCCGCCCUCGUCCUGCUCGCCGCCCCCUUGCCCGGAAGACCUGCGCUCCCCCGGCUCGGUCUCCUCGGACUCCGGCGUCUCCGUGUCGGCACCGCGACGUCCGCGCUAUCAGUGCCCGGACUGCGCUAAGUCCUACUCCACUUACUCCGGACUCUCGAAACAUCAACAAUACCACUGCGCAGCGGCUGAGGGCAGUCUUGCACGGAAAUCAUUCAGCUGCAAGUACUGCGCAAAAGUGUACACCUCGUUGGGAGCAUUAAAAAUGCACAUUCGCACACACACGUUGCCUUGCAAAUGCCACCUAUGCGGCAAGGCGUUCUCCAGGCCGUGGCUGCUGCAAGGACACAUUCGCACCCACACCGGUGAGAAGCCGUUCUCAUGCCACCACUGCCGGCGCGCGUUUGCAGACCGCUCCAACCUGCGCGCGCAUCUGCAGACGCACUCAGAUGUGAAGAAGUACUCGUGCUCGGGCUGCGGGAAGACAUUCUCCCGCAUGUCGCUGUUGAGCAAGCACCUGGAGGGCGGUUGCGGCUCGCCCGGCAGCACGCCCUACGAGUACCGGCCGGAGGGCCUGCCUGCGGGACACGCGCCCCCACAACCCACCAUUCACGCCUACUAGAACCUACAAGACUGAUCCGCGCAGCACCCACGAUCUCGAAUCUAGCUGUAGAUCUACUAACACUCGCGUUUAUCACUACAAUACCCUAAUUUAAAUUUAAAUUAUUUUUGUACAAUGUUAUUGAACUCGAUUUGUGUGUAUAAAAAGUUGUAGCGUAAGAUGUUGUGUGUUAAAGUAUUCGUCUGAGGGACCAAUGUAAAUUCCGACUUUUAGUUGUAAGUUAGAUUAAGUUUAGAUACAUAGGUUCGAUCGCGCCAGCCGCGAUUUCGCUAGUCAUGUGGCAUUUGCCGAGUGUCAUACACUUAUUAAAACCUAUAUAUUUUGUAUCCUAAGCCAUGUACAAAGUGCCUUAAUUAUAAAUGAUUAAUAUAUUCUUCGAAAAUUUAUAACAGUAUGUCCUAAGACGCUAUUAUUUUUAAAGUCUUACCUAUAUAAAAUAGUACAUAUUUCAUGAGGCUACAAACUAAGCCAAUUGCCGAAUUGCGUUCCUUUCUGUUACCUCUAUACAGAGAAAAUAAAACAUUAUUUGAAUUGAA